AUGGUUACAAGUUUAAUCUCAAAUGUGCAACUGGAACCUCUUCGGAAGAGAGAUAGAAUGACAGACGAUGACGACGAUGGUGAUGACGAAGACGUUAAUAGUAAUGAUGACGACGACGAUGAUGAUGAUAAUGACGAUUACGAUGAUGGUGACGAUGACGAUGACGAUGAUGAUGAUGAUAAUGUUGAUGAUGACGAUGAUGAUUAUGAUGACGAUGAUGAUGAUGACGAGGACGAUGAUAGUAAUGAUGACGAUGACGGUGAUGAAGACAAUGAGGAUGACGAUGACGGUGACGAUGAUGAUGACGGUGAUGAUGACGAUGACGAUGGUGAAGACAAUGAGGAUGACGAUGACGGUGACGAUGAUGAUGACGGUGACGAUUACGAUGACGAUGAUGAUGAUGAUGAUUAUGAUGAUGAUGACGAGGACGAUGCUAGUAAUGAUGACGAUGACGAUGAUGAAGACGAUGACGAUGACGAUGACGGUGAUGAUGAUGACGGUGAUGAUGACGAUCACGAUGAUGAUGCAGAUGAUGAUGAUGAUGACGAUGAUGAUGACAUUGAUGGUGGCGAUUGCGAUGAUGAUGACGAUGAUGGUGUUGAUGACAAUGACUAUGACGUUGACCAUGACGAUGACGGUGACGAUGAUGAUGAUGACGAUGACAAUGACGAUGAUGAUGAUGAUGACGACGACGAUGGUGACGAUGGCGAUGACGAUGAUAAUGACGAUAACCAAAUUUGA